UGAAGUUUAAAAGAAAAGUAGUUCAGAAAGAUUCAGCAAGACCAUUAGGGCAACGGCGUUCUGUAGGAUGGGAACAUGAUGCCAUGUUAGUAAUCAAGGUAAACAGUGUUGAUUUUCAAGUAGGGUUCGGAGAAGUUGUGGGCAAUGCCUGUAUACGUGAUGAUAAAAAAAUGAUAGAAGAUCGGGAGAAAAUUUUAAAGUCGAUGCAAUUGGGAUUAUUCCGGUUACAUCAGUCAUUUAGACAACAAGGAGUUGAUGAGAACGAUAUUAGUAAUGCUGAAACGUUUGGAAUUCUCGUUUACAGAAAAACUUUCCAUUUCUAUUCAAUGCACUAUGUUAAUAAUUUGUACCUUGUGGACCAAUUUGACGGAUUUACGAUCCCUGACAAUUCUGGUCAAUUGGAACAACUUUCAGAUAUUAUAGAA